UCUUAAAUGGUAUAACAUCAUGCUCUAAAGUCGCCUUACAAUGCCUAAAUAUUUCUUUUCUCUUACAUCAUUUAGGUCCACAAAAUGCCACAGUAGAUUCAAAUCGAAUUGUCCAAAUUAUAUACACAAAUUAUAUAUAUAUAUAUAUAACAAAAUGAUUAUUUGACGAAUUAGAUCACACAGAGCACUUAAUAGUUAACAAAGUUUAAUUAAGGUUUCACGCUCCUUCAAUUAAUUCUCACAUGAUUCGCGUGAGGAAGAAGUUGUCUUACCCAGUUGCGUUAACCCAAGCGUUUACCGAGCUCAUUUGAGAGAGAGAGGAGGAGAUAGCGGACGCCCAUCAUCAUCGAACACUCUGCUGCUCUCUUCCUCAUCGGUGUUCCAACCUGCAGGAAAACCGGGCCAAUCGCAUCCAUGUCGCGCCAUCAUCAGCUGCAGGAUUGCCGUUAACUCCAAGGCUGAGUUCCUGACAACCACGGUCCAAUUCACAGUCAAAGAGAGAGAGAGAGAAAGAGAAACCCGCUCCCAUUAAACUAGAGGAGCUCCUCGGAUGCUCGUCCUGUGGCCACUUCUCGGGCGUCACCUUCUCCUCCCCCUCGUGCCAUUACUGAUUUCUAGGUUCUUGGGAAUGGUGGAGAAGCCUGAGAAACACCUUUUUACGAGGCCUUGAGGAAGGACCUGUCUUGUCUUCCCCACAGAGUAUUGAUCUUCUCUCUCUCUCUCUUCCCUCCUUGUUUUGUGGCAUGGAAUCUUCAAUGCCCGCUUUGGACGCCCAUUUUUGCAGGAUAUCUAGCUUCUUCUUCAGCUGAGAACCAAAGCUUCUGCUAGUGGAUCGAUCGAGCUGGUCUCUUGUCAGUCGGAUGAAGGACAGAGUGGUGGUGUGAGAGGAACUGGUGGUGGAGAUGGUGCAGCAGCUGAACAGCCUCGGUUUGGAUCUCUCGAGCGGGACAGCGACCGAAUCGGAGUUGCCGGCUACUCCCUCGGUGGUUUACAUGGACGUCAACGUCGUCCCCGAGCAUGACAAAGAAGGACUGGCAUCCACGAUCUCCAGCCUCCAAGGCAUGGAGAUGUCGGAGUUGAGAUCGAAGCAGAUAUACCUCGACGCUAAACGGCGAGAGGCUCUCGACAAGAUACUAGACAUCAAAGGAAGCAUCAGGGUGUUCUGCCGAGUUAAGCUCAUGGAUGAGAGAAAGGCGGCGUCGCCCAUCUCCACCGAAGCAGACAAGAUCACUGUUCGAUCGGCCGGAACGAGGAAAGAAUUCGUCCUCGACCGGGUGUUCCACCCGGAGUCAACGCAAGAGGAUGUCUUCCGAGAAGUCAAACCGAUCCUGAGAUCUGCGCUCGAUGGUCACAACGUCUGCAUCUUAGCAUAUGGUCAGACUGGAACGGGGAAGACGCACACAAUGGAAGGAAACAAUGGCCGUCCGGGGAUCGUUCCUCGAGCCAUAGAAGAACUCUUUCAUCAGAUUUCUCAGGACGAAUCAGCUUCGUUUACCUUGUCGAUGAGCAUGCUUGAAGUCUACAUGGGAAGCCUCAGAGACCUGUUCGUCCACAGGCGAUCUCCAGCUCGAGUCACGCAUUGGAUUCCUAAAUGCAAUCUCAGCAUCCUGAGGAGCAGCGACGGCACGGUGGAGAUCGAGGGACUCACAGACGUGCAGGUGACCGACGUGAAGCAGGCUCGCCGGUGGUAUGCCAGGGGGAAGCAUGCUCGCUCUACCUCCUGGACUAACGUCAACGAUGCCUCGAGCCGGUCGCACUGCUUGACCAGAAUUACCAUCUCUCGAUCGAACGACGCGGUGGACGGCACUAACAAUCUUGUUAGCAAGAUUUGGCUGGUGGAUCUCGGCGGCAGCGAGCGCUUACUGAAGACAGGCGCCACCGGACAGACGCUGGACGAAGGGCGGGCGAUCAAUCUAUCGCUAUCUGCGCUUGCUGAUGUUAUUGCUGCUCUAAGAAGGAGGCGCGAUCACAUCCCUUACAGGAACAGCAAGCUCACUCGGCUCCUCAGCGACUCGCUAGGAGAUGGGUCGAAGGUUUUGAUGAUCGUGCACGUCAGUCCUGGCGAAGACGACGCAGGGGAGACUGUAUGUUCUCUGAGCUUUGCUACGAGAGUCAGAGCUGUGGAGGCAAACAGAGAGCCGUCAGAGGACACCAAGAAACGGAAGCAGCAGCGCGUCGCAGAGCUCGUGCAGGGAGUCCAAGAGGCCGAAGAAGAGCUGCGGAGGGUGAGAGACCAGAUGGAGAGGACCGCGAAGCUGAUCCAGGAGAAGACGAACACCUUGCGAGUUGAUCUAAGGGGAUCACCGAGAAGCCCCCUGACACUAAACCCUGUGGAACUCGACGGAGGAGACACCAAGACGGCAGAGAAGCCAGUGCAAAGGGCACGCGCAGCUCCGGUUCCUCGUUUCAUGUCCUCCACGGCGUGCAGCCGGCGGCGGCAGCAGCAGGCUGCAGAAUCACUGGGCAGGGCGAGAAGGAGAUCGACGGAUUUGCGUGGAUCGCAGUCGCACAGCUGCUAUCAAACGUCAAAGAAGAUGACAGUGGCAUACAGGCGAAGAGAUCCGCCAUUGUCAUUGCAGUGUAAUCCACUGAACGUGAGCCACGACAGCGUGGAUUCAAGGGGAUCCUGGUCAUCAUCGAAGACCAAGAAGGUCUCUAAUUCUAAUCCUAAUCUGAGAGUUGCAUUGCAUCAGCAGCAUCGAAGAAGGAUGUCUGAUCUAAUCUAAGUCGAUGUUUGGUGUAGAGUAGUUCGCCUAACCCGCAUCUUUCUUCUUCUCUUCCUCGAGGAAAGGCAUGUAUCAAUGAGAUGGCUUGAUCAUUCUUUUGGCU